GCGACCGGCCGACGAGGCCAGCCAUUCAGCCAGACCGGCCGACCUCGUCCUGACGAUCUCGUUGGACGGGCAGUCGGAGCGUUGUCUGCCCGACCUCUUCCAUCCGCUCCUGCUGAAAGCGCCCUGGAGCGCCGGCCGACUCACCCUGCGCCUCCGCCACGAUUGGCUCCACCGGCAGCGCUGCCCGCCCCCGGCGGACUCGAGCGAGCCAAGCGCCGCGCCGGCACCGGCCUCGUCCGCGUCGCCCUCUCGACGCCGCCUCGAGGCGCGCCGAGACGAAACGGCGACGGCGACGGCGACGGCGACGGCCCGGCUCGUCGGCGACGACGAGGCCGUGCUGCAUCGCGCCGUGCUCACGAGGCUGAGCAUCGUCGACGGCGCCGGCAGUCCUCGAAGGCCGCGAUGAGGCGCCCCACGUCGGCCGAACAUGUCGGCAGACGAGUCCUCCUGCUCGCCGGCGUCCGGUACACACCCCCCGUGUUGGGCUCAUUGGUUGUGCGGUGUGCGCUGCGGCUGUGCCUUUCGUCCCCAGCCCGUUGUCACGAGGAGAGCGUGUCUUCGCCUGCCUUUCGAGCGCGCAACCAGCCAGCACCGAGGACAGAAAGACAGACCAGACCGACGCCUGAAAGUGAUUGGCCGAGUUUUACGCCAUUCCGUCGCCAAGGCGACGCAAAUGGUCGACAAAGUCGAGGCCAGACCGAGGCGGCCAGCCAGGAACCGGGGCCGCGCGCGGUAUCCGACGUCGUCAGAUGGCCUCGAUAUCAGCUGACUUGUCCUCUCGUCGGGCGGAGCAGCAUCCGAUUGAUUUCUGCCUGUCGCUCGGUUGCCGGCCUGGCGACAGAGUGGACUUCGGAUCAGCUCAAGCCUGGCUCAGGCGAGGCGACGAUCAGUCGCUGGGAGGAGUGGACCCACACGGGAUUGUAUGGCUUGUCUGUGACACGUGUCUGUUGUGUCUGUGCCUACGUGUUGACGGGUGGGGCGGCGCCAACUGCUGAUUGGUUCUGGAUGGGGGUGGAUGGCUGA